GGAGCCGAUGUCACUGCUGUGCGGCCCCAGGCGGGGGCUAGCUGACAGCAGCGCAGAGCCGGGAUCUCCUCCCAGCAGUGCUGGGGGCAGCACAGGGGGGGAGAAGGGCCACUUGCGGAGCCCGGCUGGGGUCACGUAGAGCGGGUGGGGACAGGUACCGGAGGGGUCCCCCGCUUGCUGGGCUCUGGUCUCUCCCUUGCUCUUGGCGAGCCGUAUUCAGGGCCUGUCAGCAGAGCCCGGCCGCCCCCCGCCGCCCCAAUGCCGCUUCGGCAGCACCUGUCCCCCCAACGCGCCUGGGGACCCCCAGGGAAAUCGGUGUCCCCCUCCCCUCCCGCGAACCCACGUGCGAAGCUCGGGAGCCCCGCCCUGGGGCUCCACCCAGCCCGGCCGCCUGGUGUUUCCUUGCAGGGGCGGGGAACAGCCGCCGACUUCCCCAGCCCGCCGCUUGAGCGCAGAGGUGGCGGGCCCCGGAAAGCCAGACGCGGACGGGUCACGGAGCGGCGCCGCCCUGCCAGUGACCCGGCGGGGAGGCGCGCACGGACCCCCAGAGCCCGGCCGGACGCGCAGGGCUGGGUGAGUAGCCACCUGUCGCCUCCCCGCCAGCGCUCGGCCAGGGGCCCCGGGGCAGCCGAGGCGCACAGCGCCGGCCGGGGUGAGCAGCUGCUCCUGCCUCCAAAAACUGCCUAUUCGACAAUAAGGAUCCAAACGCACUCCGGCUCCUGCUGUUGCAACACAAGAGAACCCGAAGUAUCCAGUCUGGUGCUGGCCCUUAUGGAGAGCUGUCCCCUUGCCAUGCUACAGCCAAUAUCCUUAGCAACACCCUUGGUGAUUCGUGAUGGAAGGGUGUGAUAUCUGUUGGUGGGCAGGAUAGCUUUUAAGUCAAGAUUCAUGUGGGCACUUCUCACCUGACUAUUAUCCCGAUAUGGCUGGCUGGGUCAGGCGGCUCCUGCAGAAACCCAAGCGAAGCUCCAGCUCCGCAGGAAGCAAUUUGAACACCAAACAGUCCCCCUCCUCCUCUUCCUCCUCCCUGGUGACAACCGCCAGCUCUUCCACCAGCAGUGCGGUGGCCAGCCAAGGACAACUGUCUCCUGCCUCCCAGGUGAGCAUCAGCAGCGCAGGGAGUGCCCGCUGGGCCAAGAGCUAUGACGUGUGCAUCUGCCACAGCAACGAGGACUUGGAGUUUGUCGAGGAGAUGGUCUCCUAUCUGGAGAGCCAGACUGAGGGCAUCCGCUGCUUCCUGCAGCUGCGGGAUGCCAUGCCGGGGAGUGCUAUCAUGACAGAACUGUGCGAUGCUGUCCAGAACAGCCACUGCUGGGUCCUGCUAAUAACCCCUAGCUUCCUCGAGGAUCCCUGGUGCAGGUACCAGAUGCAUCAGGCGUUGGCAGAGGCGCCUAUGGCCAACGGGCGUGCCAUCCCUGUGCUGAAGGGCAUUGACCGGAAAGACUACCCCCGGGAGCUGAGGUGCCUCUACUAUAUCGAUGUGACGCGCAAGGAGAAUGGCUUCAGGCCGAUUAAGGACACGAUCCUGCGCUACCUGCAGGAGCACUGUCGAAGCACCGUGAGCAGAAUAGAGUGACUGGAGUCCUGCAGGGGAAAGAAGCACCCUGAGAAAGCAGAUCCCGGCCGAAGGGAAAUGGAACGAGAAUCCACACUGCUGCUUCCAAAGUCUCUGGAGCUGCCUCAUUUGAUCUCAGUGGAGAGCAGAUUCCAGGUGGUCUACAGCCAAGUUCUCCGAUGCACAAAUCACCUGUAGAAUUACAAAUGGGAACCGUCUCUCACGAGGGCUUCUGGACGGAAGCAUUUCUCUCAUGUCAGGCUGCUCCCCACCAUGAACGCUAAUACCAGGCACUGCUGAGAGGACAAGCAAAAUGUCUAACACCAAUGGAGAGUGAGGCUUACGUGUGGCUUCUGGUGCUAAAGACUUGGAAGAAGCAUGAGGUUUGUUCCAUGUUGUAUUGUACAGUGCAGGGGACUUGGCUAGAAUCUGGAGCUUGAGUGUUGGUGACUCCAAGUAAUUGAGGGUAAACACAGGUAAAUGGAGUUUACCCACUUCUCAUUUGGGGAGUAGGGAGUCUAAUUUAGGUUUCUUACUUUCAGGAAGCUGAUAGGCAGCUAAAUCUCUAAUGACCUUCCAAAAGCCAGUUUGGAGCUGUUACAAUACGCACUCUUGCCUAUGUUAAAUUCCUCCAAGCCCCAAGGAGCAUAGGCACCGACUCCAUUAUAUAUACUCCACAGCUGUUUGGGUGGCAGCCACCGAUCAGUUGGGUGAGGCGCUUGGGGAAGGGCGGAGAGCAGCAGGCAGGUGGGGCCUCAGGGAGGGGCAGGCAGAGGCAGAGCGAGGGCAGGGCCUUGGGGCGGGGCAGGGCCUUAGGGCGGGACAGUGGAGCACCCCCUGGGGGAAAAAGAAAACUCAGAGCCUAUGUCAAGGAGUAUAAACUGACAUGAAGUUUCCCCUUUUGGAGCUUUGACACUCAUAUGAAGAGGAGCUACACAUAGGCUGGUCUUUGGUAUUUUGAGUGUAACGUCAGUUUUAGUUUUGAUUUUUACAAUUGUAAUUUAAAUAUGUGUACAAAUAAAU